AUGAUUCUCAGGUGGCCGAGCAUAUGGCUCGCCCUCCUGACAGCUUCGUCGAUAGCGAAAGAGGAUGAAGCAUGGACGGACUACGCCGUGCCUUUUCCAGGCGACGCAGCAGACAACAGGGACGGCGACAUCAAGCUGAACAUCUGUCACCGCUUGCUGACAGAGACCAUCUCCCUCGGCGAUUCUGCGAGUAUCGGCGCAUAUCGAUACGGAGGCAAGACGGGCAUCUCCUUGGGUCGAUACAAUACUACGCCAGUCUCCCUGGACAAGGGUCUGCUCGUUCUCGAAUAUACAGGAGGAUCAGAAUGUCCUGCUGGCGGCCUGAUGAGCAGCUCCAUCUCACUCGUAUGUGAUCCUGGCGAGUAUGACACCGGCGCGCCAAAGCUCGUCAGCAUCGCCAACGGCUGCUCAUAUUUCUUCAUCUGGCGGACGAGGUUCGCUUGCCCGACGAGGCCACCUCGAGGCUUUUUUGGUGCCAUUGGCAUUUUACUCACCGUAAUCGUCAUAUCAAUCCCUCUGGCGAUCGGUGUCGCGUUCGCUUACAAUCGGCUCGUCUUGCAUCGCUCAGAUGGAUUCGCCGUACGAGAGAUCGUGCCUUCGCUUAUCGACGGUAUCAACUACGUCAAGGACAUUGCGCUGAUCGGGCUGUUGACCGGCAUCGACCUCAUCAUGUCUGGAUUCCAGAGGCUGCGGAAUGGGGAAGGCUGGAAAGCUCCCUCUCGCUCAGCCGGCUGGUCAGCAUCCGGUCCGGCAGCAAGCAAUUAUACUGCUUGGUCAAGCUCAGCAGAAGAGACCACAAGUCUCUUCGAUGACGAGGAAGAGCAUGAGCGCGAUGAACCGCUACCAUCGCCUGCCAAAACUGAUUCGAAUACGAAGCCAACUGAAGCCACACUUGUAUAAUGCAUAAUGUUGUGACCCAUACAAAGCACCUCUAAGCUGGGUGGAAAGCAGCAUGCGGAUCCUGAGCGAGCCAGGAUUUUGAUGAACACAGGCAUGAGGAUCAGAUGACAAGACGCGAAAAUUCCUUUGCAUUCGCGCGUCUGCGAUGCGAAGCAUCACCCUCCUUCUUGUUUGCCUGUCCAGCUUCUUGUCCGACCAAAGUGCUCUCGGAACCUUGAGCCGUCCACAAGCCUAUACCGUGCAGCUUCAUGGGACCGGACAAUGCAAAGCAGACCGGAAUCUUCAACCUGUCGAUUUCGCAGAUGGUUCAGAGAUGUCUGCUUCGUUUGUCGUCACUUCCUUGCGGCAAGACGAGGAACACUGGAUCUUGAAGGUGUGCAAAGAAAGCGCUUCUCAGACACCGGCUAAGAGGUCGUCAGCCGAGUCGCACAUCCGUC